AUGGCUUAUCCGCCUCCGCCAAUACCUCAGGAUGCACUUCCUGCUCAACCAAUUCGCAUACGCGUUGACAAUCUACCACCGGCUAAGAAUUGGAGACAAAUCAAGAGCUUUCUUUCACAAUUCAUCCCAUACGAGCAGGUUCUUAAUGUUAAGGUGCUUCCCUUGAUGCCUUCGAUGGCACCUCCGUUUAUCCCGUUACAAAGUUGUAUAGUGUUGUUACGUCAAGAUACCGACUGGCCCCACCUGUUGGUGCAGCUAAAUGGCGUUCAAUGGGACUAUCAUACUAUGGUUGCUUUACUUCUACCUAACUUCAUUCCACCGGAUAGUCCUCAGUUACUCGCGGGUGCGGUUGCCCCUGUUGGUGCAGCUGCAGGUCCUGUUUCGUCUUCUCCUUCUGGCUCCAGCAACGGCUCCAGCACCAACAACCAUCGUUUCGGUCAUCAUAAUCACCACUAUCAUUCUCAGCAUUAUUCACAGCAGCAGCAGCAGCAUUCGCAACAAGAACAUGGACAUCAGGACCGUCAAACACACGGCCUUCGUAUGGCAUUGCACCCGCAAUUCACUCCUGGUGUUCCGACGCUUGUGCCAAACGGGCAUGCUCAACACCUGAAUCGUCGGUUGACACAAAUAUUUAAUGAGGCAACUUUCAGACGCCAAAUGUCUCAGCGGAACAUGUACCAACUCCAGCUCUCCAACUUUCCUCCGUGUUUGCAUUGGGAUGAGGUAGUCAAAACGACAGGCGAUACGUCGCUGUCAUUCGACCAGCAACCUUUCAGCGGUAAGAGCGCCGAUGGUUCCUGUGAAGCUUCUGCCUCGCCGUCACAGCCGCAUCAGCAACAAAAGUAUCAUAAUAGUGAGCAGCAGCAGCACCCACAGCAGAUGACAGCCCUUAUUCCACAACCGCACGUACUACAGGAUGAAAAUAAUGAAAUCGUCCCCGACCUAACCAUCAUGACCCCACAUCCAGAAAAGUUUGGCAAACUUAAAUGGACUAUUCUCAAAGACUUCAUUAAACUCAAGUGCCCAAAGCUUCUGGAGAUAGACCACAAGACCCAGGGUACUGCUCUAUCCAAUACUCGGGAAUUUUACGUCGGCGUAUACGAGGACUCGGAGUCCCAUGUGGAGAUCAUUCUAUUACCAGGCGACAAGCCUGAUCGCAUCAUCGGGGGCCCACUCUCUGAACAGCAGACGUUAGAGAUGGUUGGUGAUGAACCUAAGCGUUUUAAAGUGCGUGCCACGCUUUUUCAAGCCGUUAUUGGUUUCCAUUCCAAGGAGCUGUGUGACUUAUGUUUCGAUUCCAUUGAUGGCGAAGAGUACAUGCUAGGCUAUAAGUUGCAGGUGCAAAAGCUACCCAAGUUGAGUGGCUGA